AUGAUCAGGGCCCAGUUGUGGCCAUAUCAAAUCUUGCCAGUAACACUGAUAAUUGAAGGAUACCGAGAGUUUCUCAAGUACAUUUUUGGAGUGAAUGAUGGCAAUAGCCAUAUCGGGUCUACAGAACCACUUCCACCAACCACACCGGUAGCCACAGCAACUUCAUCAACAGACAUACCUCCUACUACUCCACCUCAAUUUGAAUCAUGGCUUGAAAUACAACAGAAUAUAUCAUUUCAUGCUAUUCUAAAGAAUAUAAGUCCAGAUGGAGUCAUUGUUGCAUCACCAUCGAAGCAAAAUCCCAAUUAUUACUACCAGUGGAUUAGGGAUUCUGCAAUCACUAUACGGACGCUAAUUUCAUACCUUGAAGACCACCACUAUGACGAAACAGAGAUAUUACCCCUGGAUUUACACAGCCAGGUGCUGAACUUGAUUGAGUUGUACAUUUUGAAUAAUUACCAAUUACAAAGAACACCAAACAAGCUGGGCGAUUUCACUACUUUGGCGGGUUUGGCCGAACCUAAGUUUAAUGUGGAUAUGACUGCUUUUGAUGAACCUUGGGGAAGACCACAACGCGAUGGACCUGGAUUGCGAGCAAUUACAAUAAUUCAGUUUAUUGAUUACUUGAACCGCACUGACAGCCAAGUGAAGCAUCCUGAUUUGCAUGAUUUGAAAUAUAUUUACCAAGAGAUUAUUAAGCCCGAUUUACAGUAUAUUUGUCGGUAUUGGAGAGAGUCUGGGUUUGAUUUAUGGGAAGAGGUUGAUUCAAUUCACUUUUUCACGUCAAUGGUUCAGUUGAAGGCUUUGCAAAUGGGUAUUCGAUGGUCAAAAUAUUUCCAAGAGGAGGAUGAUGCUUUUUCAGCAAUGUUGAUUGAUUCGUUUAACGUCCUUAAGUGGUAUGUCGAAGAUGGGUUUGGAUUUGAUUCACUUGGUUCCAAUCACAUAAUUGAAAGUCCGCAAUUGUUGCAUUCGGGUGAGAGACUGGGGUUGGAUAUAGCUACAAUAUUGGCGGUGAUUUAUUCUCAUGAAAAUGAUGAUAAAGAGCAACGAAUUGACGAACCAAAUGUGGUUCCAUUCAAUGUGUUUGAUACUCAUGUACUAAACUCAAUCAGUGGGUUGAUCAUUGAUAUGAGACAACGAUAUCCAAUAAAUAGAGAUCGUUUUGGUGUUGCAUUAGGGAGGUAUCCUGAAGAUAUCUACAAUGGUAUUGGUACUUCAGAAGGCAAUCCGUGGUUCAUAUCUACAUCCACCGCCAGCGAAUUUAUCUACCAGUUCAUCUAUAACCUCCACACUCAGAAAUCUAAUUUAGUAAUCAAUGAUGCAAAUCGACAAUUCUUCCAACCAUUGAUAAAUGUCACUGGAACUGAAUAUAUAUUCGAGUACAACUCAACUGAUUUCAAUUCCUUGAUUAAGAAGUUAACAGCUUAUGCCGAUUCGUUCCUUGAUGUUGUUCGUACCCACACUGAUUCGCAGGGCCGGAUGUCGGAACAGUUCAACAAGAAUACUGGGUUCAUGCAAGGGGCAAAUGAGUUGACCUGGAGUUAUAGUGCAGUGUGGAAUGCAAUCCGUUGGAGAAGGAAAGCCCUCGCUAUAUAA